CUCAGCGGAGCUGACUGACCUAUAUGCUCUCUCUCUCUCUUCUUUGUUACAAUUUCUCUUCAAUUUUACUUCUUUAGCCUUUUCACGACUUCAUCCUUCUCAUGACUUCUUCAGUUACACGUUGUUCACUGGGCUUUUCUGUGUGUAUUGCAAAUAAGUAAACUCUUCUGUGCUGUCACUUCUUGUUUGAAUAGUCAGGUAGAACUAGAGCCACCUUCACAUUCAAAUUUUUAUCCUUUCUCAUAUUGGACAUACAAGGACAACUCUAGCUACUGUUCAACAAGGAAGUUAUUGCGAUGGCUAUGGACGUAAAAGGCAUAACUUGGAUUGGAAACAUAUUCCAGAAGUUUGAGGAUAUUUAUGUGGAGGUGGAAGAUGCAGUGUUUGAGAUGCAGACUGUUGGGGAAAGUGUUAAGAAGAUCUAUUCAGAAGUCAUGCAAGAUUUACUUCCUCUAACUUCAUGUCAUUUGGACGAAACAUCAGCCUCUGAGUUGCCUAUAGAUCAAUAUACUGAUGCUGGUCUCCCUAAGAAGUCAUUUCAAGGUUGCAAGAAAGUAACUAUAAAGGCUGAUACCAACCAAACAGCUGCUGAUUUAAAGAUCACUCAUGGUGUUGAUAAUGAUGUAGUCCAUGCUGAAUCCUGUGAUUCUGAUGCUAUGUUCAUGUCAAGUUCUUACAAUUCUGUCAAAGAGAAUACUUUUAUUUCACAUGCAAGACAAUAUGUUGGUAGCAUUGAGAUUAAAUCAGACCUUGACGGUGAUGAAAAUCAUCAAAAUAAAAAUAUGCCUGCAUCCAAGACAGUUAGUGAAAUUUCUUCAUCAUCAGAACUAGAUAAAUGCAGAACAUCACAAUCAUAUGAACUUUCCAGGCUAAAUCCAAAUCAUGCAGUCACUGUUUCAAAGUCAGCCUCUGCGAAAGUAGCAACAAUUACCUCUGUAGCUGACUGUUGCAAUGAAAUUGAAAAAGCAAGUACUGAAGAAAUCCCCGGUCUUCUGGUGUUGGCUGAAUCAGCUAAAGAGAAAGAGAUACCUAGGGUCACGAUGGUUAGAACAAUUCAGCCCAACAACUAUGCUUUUUCUUACCACAAAAUCCUUGUAUCUCAUCCAGAAAUUACAGAAACAUGGGGUUUGGAUGUGCCUAAGAUUGGCACUUGCAUAAAGCAAGGCCAUAAAACCAUGCAACUAGAUGAUGAGCAGAAGCUUGAGGAAACUUGUGUUUUGGUGACUAGAGAUGAACUUCAAGCAGUUCCCAAUGCAGGGAGCAAUCUAAUAACUAGCAAGAACAAGAAGUGGCAACCCUUUUCUUUAUCCAAGAAGGCUGCAAGAAGGCAAGAGUAUGAGAAGCUUGCAAUAUUUCAUGGGAGUAAUGAAAAAGGAAAGGGUGAUUGUGCAGAGAAUUCAUGUCCAACUUUUCAUGAUGAUCAUAAGAAAUUACCGCUUCCUGAUAUCUCUGAACCUGAGUGGGAGCUUCUCUAAUUACUAGGAUGAUUAUGAACAUGUUUAAAUACAAGUUAUAAGUGUUUUUGAGAGUUUUCCUACCGAAAAAAAUUCUUUACUUUCGAUAAAUAAACUUUCAAAAGUACUUAUAAGCUUGUAUGCAACCAGACUCCAAAUUGUGUAGAUACACAAGUAACACAACCAACCCUAUAAGAUUUUACAUCCACUUCUUAGUCCGUAUAAAGAAGAUUGAGAUGUUCUAUUGCAACAAUGAUUCAAUGCCCCCUCAAUACCCAUUAUGUUACCACAUUUACUUUUCUAUGAUAUCAAAUAUCCUAUUUUCAAAAUGCCCUCCUCCACCCUUUUUUCUCAGCUUGAAAAAAAAAAA